UUGUGGAGAGAACUCAAUGCAGCUAAAGAUGUACGGAUUGAAUCGUCUCAAAUCGGCCAAUCGCCUCAUCAAUCUGUACUCCUCCGCCGCCAAUUCGAGGUGAUUGCUUUCCUCUCCGGCAACGGCAGCGGAAAUCGGUCCGAUUAGCGACCGUCACAACAAUUAUGAGCUGAAACGGCGGAAGAAGGUACCGCAGCCGCUGGAGAAUGUAGUGACGCUAACGUGCGAGUCAGCUGCUGUUGGAGGCGUCUGCGAUGUAUAUAUGAUCGGAUCCGAUCACGAAUCUCCGAAAUCAUGGGCAGAAAUUAAGGCUGUGAUCCAAUUCGUGAAACCAGAGGCUGUUUUUUUUUUGGAGCUGUGCGCUAGUCGCCGUCAUAUUCUUACGCAUGAUAAAAUUGAGAUGCCGACUUUGCAAGAUAUGGUGCAUAUGUGGGAGAAAUAUGAAAGUCUUUAUUCAAUUCUAUUCAAGCGGUAUGUUGCUCAGCUCUUUAUUAAAUAUAAAUAUGAGCAUGUGCCCGGUGGAGAUUUUCUUACGGCAUAUAUCGAAGCAACAAAAUAUGGUGCCAAGGUCAUACUUGGUGAUAGACCUGUAGAGAUUACAACUUUGAGACAUUGGGCCAACACGUCUCUUUGGCAAACCUACAUGAAAUAUAAAAGACCACACAUGAUGUUGCCAGAAGACCUCGCCAAGAAGGUGAAGGAGGCACAAAAGACUGGGAAGGUUGAUGCGGACACGGUGAAACAAGUGAUUUGUGAGAUGACCAAGCAAGAUCCUAUCGGCUCAAAAAUUAUUAUCCAUGAGCGCGACCAAUAUAUGUCCUUCAAAUUACUAGAAGUCGCACGUCAGCAUAAGUCAGUCGUUGCUGUUGUGGGGCGGGGUCACGUACCAGGAAUCCAAAACAACUGGAAACAACAUGUUGAGGUGGAGCAGCUUCUGAACGUCCCACUUCGAAAGAAAAUGCUUAGAAUUGCAACAAGAGUUGCACAGGUUGCCUGUCUCUAUGGCACUUAUCUCUACUUCGAUGAGUUGAAACAAGGUUGCUUGUCUCUAUAGCACUUAUCUCUAGUUCGAUGAGUUGAAACAAGGAUGGAUACAAUUUUUUAUAAUUAAAAGAUGAAGAAAUUAUUAUAAACAAGCAAAUGUUAUAAGGGUUAUAUUUUUACUGCUUCGUCGUCCAUUUUCUAGAAAUAGAAACUCUUUAUAUUUUUAUU